ACACAGCAACACAGGGGAAAACAAGAUACACAGAGGAAGAGAGACACAUGCAAAAUAACCAGAGGCACGGCAGUAGCUGGGACAACUUUGGAUUUGGGAAUCACGCACACUGGUCUGCACUCAGAGGUGGAUGUGCCAAGAGGAAGAACAACCGUGCUCAGGUGUGGCACAAUUUUAUAGGUUCAGACAUGUGUUCUACACGCCUGCUACUACUACUACUUCUAUCUGCAACCAUCAUCGGUCAGAUCUCAGGGCAGUUCCUCAGUGCCACUGUUGGAGGCUCCGUCCUGAUCCCCUGCUCUCUAUCAGAUCAUCCACUCAGUCUCAAAUGGCUUUACUGGCAGGAGGAACAGUUCAACAAUGUCUUGUUUCACUGGGAGCCCAGUGGGCAAACACUCCAAAUAGCUGACAAAUACAGGGACAGAUGCCAAGUCUUCCCUACUGAGUUUAGUUCUGGAAAUAUUUCCAUUAGACUUGACAAUGUUACUGUUGGAGAUGACAACAAAACAUUCUUUGCCUAUGUACGUUUAAUGGACGAGAAAGAAUCUAAAAAACACUGUAAAUCCACACUGCAGGUCUCAGCUCCUUUCCAGAAACCAAACAUUGAGAUAAACCAAACAGAGAUGACAGCAACCUGCAGCACAAAUGGAGGAUACCCUGAACCUGAACUCAAAUGGAGCGGGGAUGGAGGGACUAAACUGGAACCACAAAAAACCACAAUGACUCCUGAAGCAGACCUCACCUACAACAUCAGCAGCAGAGUCAACGUCACUGGGUUACAGAAAGUGACCUGCACAGUUUACAACCCAACUUCAAACCAGACUCUGACUGCAACUAAAGAUGUGUCUCCAGUUGGGAACCCGCAGUGGAAAUAUUGGCUUAUUGGAACUGGAAUUGUAAUCAUCCUCAUCCUCAUCGGCAUCGGCAUCAAGAUAUGUGUGUAUUAUAAAAAGCGUAAAUGGAAUCCACUAAAUGCAAAUGAAGACCCAGCCCGAGGAAAUGUUCCUGAUGCUCAACCCAACGUGUCAGUACGAAAUCAGCCUGAGGAGAAUAGUCCACUGAGGAGGAGGAAUGGUGGUACUGAAAGCUUGACUAAUGAGGAUGCAGCUUCUGGUGGUGGUGGUGCAGAAUGUGGAAAAAAAACAUCUGCAUCAGGAGGAGACGCAGCUGAAGAAGAUGCCUCCGAUGCUCAUUCCAACACGUCAGGAGGAAGCAGAUCUGCGGAAAGGGUUUCACUAGGACCCAAUCAAGCUGUGUUUCACCGUUCCACAGGGAGGAAGCAUGUUGCUGCAGACAGCUCGUCUGAUGAGGACACUGCUGGUGCUAAUGCAGAGCAGGGAGCAGCAAAACCGUUAUUGAGCAAAAAUGGUCAUGAAACAAGCAGCUCAUAAAGUGAAAAAGGGAAAAUAGAGUAAGCAGCAUUGGCUGGUAGAAAAUAUCUACUCCAAUAAAAAAUGACUCAAGUUAAAGUGAAAAGUACCAUUUGAGAAACCUAAAAGUUAAAAAGUACCUUGUUAAUAAUUAAUUAACAAGUACAAGUUACUUUCCAUUUUAAUAUUUUUACGAUGGGAUUACUACUGCAGAUCUGAAAGUAACGUUAAUAUUGUCAUUAUUUAUUAUUAUUGUUUUUGAGGUACAUCAAGCACUGAGUGCAACUGUGGUCUUUUUUAAGAUUGUGAUACCUAAAGUUGACAGAUGUGGCCAGCGAUUGUAACUGGAAGCUGCCCUCUGUUCUGGGUUUUGUGUCCAUUGUGGUCAAAUGACAAGUGGUGCUUUUAUUUCUUCCAGGCAGAAGCAACUUGGCAUCUGCCGCAGGGGUGCUCCUUGCACGCUUUGUAGUUGAAACAAAGGUAUAAAUGGCAAGUGCAGCUUAUUGAAAAGUAGACUGAGUGGUACUAUAUACAUUUAAUUUAAUACGUUAUAUGUAUAAUUAUUUAUAUACAUAUUUAAAAAGUAGCAUUUAAAUACUAUAAAAAACUUACGUUUUUACUUGUGUGUUACUUAUAAUCCAUUUCUACCCACUGGGUGCCAAAGCUAUGAUCAGAACUGGUGCAGGAGGCAGAAACAGGAGCUAAAGAACUACCGCAGAUGAACAACAUCAUCCUGAGGACUAUUCAGACAGCAGUUUUAGUUUGUGUUCAAACAGACUGUGGUACGUUUGCCUGUUUAGUUUGGUUUGUUGGGACUGGUGGGAGAAAUCUCUGGUGCUGAUAAACAACCAGAUAGAGACCAUCUGAAAAUGUGGGUCUCUGUCCUCAUUUCAUUUGUGGUCUGAAAACAAACAACCAACUGUUUAAUAUCAUCUCCUGACUGUGAACUGUUCAGAAAGUGAUCUCAAAGGAUCUGUAACAGCAAUUUAUAUCUUUAUGUAAAUCCUUUGGUAACCCUUGUAACAAUGUUUGUCAGUGUGAAUACAGCUGUUUUCUGUG